AUGGCGUCAAGUCAAGUGUCUGGAGUCGGAAAAAACAUCCGAGUGGUGGUCCGUUGCAGACCAUUCAACACUCAGGAACGCAAUUGCUCCUUCAAUGUCGUUGACUGUGAUUUGAACCGGAAGGAGAUUCUGGUAAAGACAGGCGGCAUUGCUGACAAGUCAUCCAGAAAAAAAUACACAUUCGACAUGGUGUUCGGACCCGCAGCCAAGCAAAUCGAUGUGUACCGGAGCGUGGUUUGUCCCAUCCUGGAUGAGGUCAUCAUGGGCUACAAUUGCACCGUUUUUGCUUACGGCCAAACGGGAACGGGAAAGACCUUCACCAUGGAGGGAGAAAGAAGUCCGGAUGAGAAGUUCACCUGGGAGGAAGACCCCCUGGCCGGCAUCAUUCCCAGAACCCUUCACCAGAUUUUCGAGAAACUGUCCACAAACAGCACAGAGUUCUCCGUCAAAGUGUCUCUGCUGGAAAUUUACAACGAGGAGCUGUUUGACCUGCUCAGCCCCAGCGAGGACGUCAAUGAGCGACUGCAGCUAUUUGAUGACCCGAGGAACAAGCGUGGUGUUGUGGUCAAAGGCUUGGAGGAGGUGAUGGUUCACAACAAAGAUGAAGUUUAUCAGAUCUUGGAAAGAGGAGCCGCCAAGAGGAAAACCGCUUCCACGCUCAUGAACGCCUAUUCCAGCCGCUCGCACUCAGUCUUCUCAGUCACCAUCCACAUGAAGGAGAUGACUUUGGACGGUGAGGAGCUGGUCAAGAUUGGGAAACUCAACCUGGUGGACCUGGCAGGUAGCGAAAACAUAGCCCGCUCCGGAGCAGUGGACAAGCGGGCGCGGGAGGCAGGAAACAUCAACCAGUCCCUUCUAACGCUGGGCCGCGUCAUCACUGCCCUGGUGGAGAAGAGACCACACAUUCCGUACAGAGAGUCCAAGCUGACACGGAUCCUACAGGAUUCGCUGGGGGGCCGCACCAAGACAUCCAUCAUCGCCACAGUGUCGCCAUCCUCCAGUAACCUUGAGGAAACGCUGAGCACGCUGGACUACGCCAACAGAGCCAAGAACAUCAUGAACAAGCCUGAAGUGAACCAGAAGCUCACCAAGAGGACGCUCAUCAAGGAAUACACAGAAGAGAUCGAGCGCCUCAAGCGAGACCUGGCUGCCACCAGAGAAAAAAACGGCAUCUACCUUUCAACAGAAAACUACACGAGCAUGAUGGUGCAACUUACCGCAGACAAGGAACAUGUCGUGGAGUACACAGAGCGCAUCGCCAUCUUGGAGGAUGAGAUAAAGAAGGUCAGUGAGCUGUUCAUGGAAAGUAAAACCCAAUUAGAACAGUGUGUUGCCGAGCUGGAUGACAAGCAGCACAAACUUGAGGAUACCAGCAGAGACCUGAAAGUCACCAAAGAGAAGUUGGCCCAGGAAGAGUUUGUCAGUGGAGAACUGCACUCGGCCCAGGAGAAGCUCCACAGCGUCGCCACGCAGUUGUUGAGUACUGCAGGAACCACUACCAGUGACGUGUUGGGCCUCCAUGACAAGUUGGACAGGAAGAAGCUGGUGGACCAACACAACGCGACGGCACUGCAGAGUUUAACUGAGCGUCUGGCUACUGCGUUCAGCAGCAUAAAUCACAACGUCCAGCAACAGGGUGACAUGCAGCGCCGCGUCCUCACCGGCUUCCCCCGAGCAAUCGACGAAGUAGUGGCGGGCAGCACGGCGGUGGCGAGGGCAGUGAAAGGCGUGGAGAGCCUGUUGGAUGGUGUGGGGCAGCUGUUGGGCGAGGGUGUUGAGCGUUGUCAGGAACGUGUGGACAACCACAAACAGCUCAGCAGCACGGUAAAGCAGGUCUUACAGGAGCUUCUGGAAGAGCACCGGAAUGACAUGGCGAUGGCCCUCCACUCAACUCUGUUGGAGCUUUCAGGGCUACAAGAGCAGAUGGUCUCCCUGAAGACCAGCGUGGAGGCACAGCGUACACUCGCUGACCAGGUGGAGGACAUAAAGGAGACGGGCCAGGGCAUGAUUGGCCUGGCUUCAGACCUAGCAGCACUGCGUGAGGCUAUGGUGCAGCAAAUGAACGCUCUGAAGGACGAACGGGAACAGUUGAAUGACCAAAUCCUAAAAGCUCAGAAGAGGAACCAGGAGAGAACAAAGCAGGCCAUGCAAAUGCUUGAGCUGCUUGCCACGGAGUCACAAAAGGACUACGACAACCUGCAUUCGUCUUGCACGGACCCGAAGACCGCCUUUGACACAGUACAAGAGAAGCUCAGCAGCGGGAUCACCACGAUGGGAAAUCGGGCAUCUGCCCAGGGCGUUUCCCUGUGCUCUGCAUCCUUGUCCAUGGCCUCCGCGCUGCGUCUUAACGCAGAUGAAAGCCAACAGACCCUGGAGGAGGCCAGGGGCCGCUGUGAACAGCUCAAGCGUGACACGUCAAGUCUGCUUGCUCGAGACCAGGACUGGUGUCUGGUGCUGGAGCAGCACAGCGACAAGCGAGCCCAGGAGCGCAUAUCGUCGGCAGACGAGGAGUUAGCCGAAGCUCAGAUACUCAGUCAGAGGGUGAAAACAUACGGUGACGAGCAGUUCCGCAUGCUGGAGGCGGGGCUACAGGACCAGCAAGACAAAAUGACACAGGCCCUGGACAAGCUACGCCACCAAAUCUCCUUGGACAGCACCGUCCUGAAGCAGAGCGAAGAAACCAUCCAAAAGGAGCUAGAUGGCUGUCAGCGGCUGGUCCAGAAUGUCCUGCAGGAUGAGCUGCGUCGUGACGUGGCCACUGGUCUGACUCCUCAAAGACGUACCUACGAGUACCCGCACCAGGUAGCCGCGAUUCGGCGCCGCAGUGAUAUUCUGGAGUGCCUUAGGAAACAACAAGACAUGUUGAAGGUCUUCACCGAAAGCGAGGAGGAAGUUGAGGAGGACGAAAAAGAGGUGGCAAACCAAACCGAGUCUCUGCAUGACGAUCCAGGCUCAUGCGACCAUUCUGUGGCCACUGAAAGCUCAUUCUGCGACGAGAACCUCAUUGUCAACCAGAGUGAGCGUGUUCCAUUCUUCAAGAUAGGUGUCUUUGUUUUGUUUGGGAUUAUAUAUUCUGGCUCCUAUGCUCCAGCAGAAGCCCAGCAAGAAAGAAUCCAAGGUCGCCAGCAGGCCCAAAGCACCUGA